CUUCUGAGAUGUCAAUGGCCAAGCUAAAGGAUCGUCGCUCCUCCGACAAUUCUUUAUCCGUGUAUCGGCAAAAGUUGGAACCCUCUACGUCGAAUUCUUCGUAUCGAAACUACACUUGCAAGCUCCAGCUCGAUUCAAGGAAAGGAUCGGACACUGGAAGACGUUCCUCGACAUGCCAGUGUCACAAAUUUGUCAUGGACACGGCGAGCCGCGAUGUUCCUGCUCAAAAGUCAAGGUUACGCUCGAAGGAAAGUGUCUUCGGCCUCAAGGACGCCUUGAACGCGCGUCCACGCGUUCCGCGGCAAGACUUGGCCGAGGAGUAUUACAAAAUGACCAAGUCGAUGGAUUCGAAGUCGGCCUUCGACCGAUACUUUCGAGAGGAUGGCUCGAGCCUCGAUUUGUCCCGCGAUCGGCACAUUUCUCGGAUUUGUCCGAGAAGGGAUGAUGGCGAUGACAGUGAUGGCGAUGAUAGGCUCUCGAGAAGGCAGGGUACAGGAAGAAGGACCAAAACCCUGGGGACCACCUUGAGGGAGAAGAUAAAGAGGACACCGGAAACCUUGGCGUACCUAUGCGUUCGUGUGAUCGUCGAAAAUCCCCAGAUCUUCACCCUCACCAAUUUAAGCGGAGUAAAGCCAAGGCAGGAUCUUGGGCAAAAUGGAGUCGAAGACAUGAUCCAAUUAACUGACUUAAACGAAGCGUCUCUAUUAUGGAACCUGAAAAUACGAUACGACAAGGAAUUAAUAUACACUUACACAGGAAGCAUCCUGGUGGCGGUGAACCCUUACAAAAUGUUCGACAUUUACGGAUUGGACCAAGUGAAACUAUACGAAGGACGAAUACUUGGCACACUGCCACCUCAUCUGUUUGCCGUGGGCUCGUCGGCGUACAGCCAAGUGACCGCCGCGAAUAACGCCAGCGCGAAUCAAGUGGUUGUUAUUUCCGGUGAAUCCGGUUCGGGAAAAACGGAAUCCACGAAACUAGUAAUGCAAUAUCUGGCAGCUGUUAACCGCGCGCCGAACAACCUUGUAACCGAGCAAAUUCUCGAGGCUACGCCGUUGCUGGAAAGCUUUGGGAACGCGAAAACGCCGAGGAACGACAACAGCAGCAGAUUCGGAAAAUAUUUGGAAGUGUAUUUCAGAGACGGAGUCAUUGUGGGGGGAAGGAUAACUCAGUAUCUCCUCGAAAAAAGUAGAAUAGUCACGCAAGCGCCAGAAGAAAGGAACUAUCACGUGUUCUACGAGCUGUUGGCCGGUCUCGAUCAACAGUUGAGGGACAAAUACGGAUUGCUCACGCCCGACAAGUACUUUUACCUGAACCAGGGUGGAAACUGCGAAAUCGAUGGAAAGACCGAUACCCAAGACUUCAAAGCCCUCCUGUCGGCCAUGCAAGUGUUGGGAUUCACUUCGGAGGAGCAGGACACGAUUUUCAAAAUUCUCGCCAGCGUUCUGCAUCUUGGAAACGUGUACUUUCACAGGAAGCAGAUGAGGCAUGGCCAGGAGGGGGUGGAGGUCGGUUCUGAUGCGGAGAUUCGUUGGGCUGCUCAUCUCCUUCAGGUGAACUCCGACGGAAUCAUCAGAGCGCUCACGACCAAAACGACGGAAGCAAGAAACGAAAGAGUUUUCACUGCCUUGAACAUCGACCAGGCUUUAGACGCGAGAGACGCGUUCGCCAAGGCUUUGUACAGUUCACUGUUCUCUUGGCUGGUCGCUCGUGUCAAUCACAUCGUCUACAAAGGAACGAAACAGACGGCCGCCAUCUCUAUACUCGAUAUAUUCGGGUUCGAGAAUUUCACGGAGAACAGCCUCGAGCAAUUAUGCAUCAAUUAUGCGAACGAGAACCUCCAGUUCUAUUUCAACAAGCAUAUCUUCAAGUUGGAGCAACAAGAAUACGCGAAGGAAAAAAUCGAUUGGACGACGAUUAAUUAUACGGAUAAUCUACCGGUGAUACACCUAAUAGCGAAGAAACCAGUGGGUAUCCUUCAUCUCCUCGACGACGAGAGCAAUUUUCCCAAAGCGACGGAUCUCUCCUUCUUAGAAAAAUGCCAUUACAAUCACGCGUUGAGCGAGUUAUACUCAAGACCAAGAAUGAAUUCCGCGGAAUUCGCGAUCAAGCACUAUGCAGGCCAAGUUUGGUACAACGUGGAAGGUUUCUUGGACAAGAAUAGGGACACGUUGAGACCCGACGUGGUGGAAUUAUUAAUAAGCAGCAAGAUAUCGAUGGUGAGCAAGAUGUUCCAACACGUGAGGACGGCCCACGAAGCCAACAAAACCAUGAACAAACCGAACGGUAGAUUCGUCACCAUGAAACCUAGGACGCCAACAGUCUCGGCUCGAUUUCACGACAGUUUGCAGCAACUUUUAGAUUCCAUGUCUCAAUGCAAUCCAUGGUUCGUGCGAUGCAUCAAGCCGAACACGGAGAAAGCGCCAAUGAAGUUCGACAUGCCUUGCGUCCUCGAGCAGCUAAGGUACACAGGGAUGUUGGAGACGAUUCGCAUUCGAAAAACUGGUUACCCUGUCCGACUUCUUUUUGGACAUUUCGUGGACAGAUACAGGUAUCUCGUUUCCACGCACCUGCCUAGAGGCGCACCCAACAAGGAACUUUGCCGUAUCAUUUUGGACAAAGCUGCGCCCAAGGAUGCGCAAGCCCAAUAUCAACUUGGCCUCACCAGAGUAUUCCUGAGGGAAUCUUUGGAGAGGACUUUGGAAUACAAUAGAGCUCUGAUUUUGGAAAGGGCUGCCAUAACUGUUCAAAGAUACACAAGAGGAUUCCUGGCUAGAAGAAGAUUCCUGAAUAUUUCACGGAGCACUGUGUUGAUUCAAGCUGUUUAUCGUGGUUAUCGCGAGAGGAAGAAGUUCAAGUCGUUGAAGAAAGGUGUACUCAUGGCGCAGAAGAUAUACAGGGGGAAAAAACAGCGUGAGAAGUUCAAAGUAUUGAAAGAGGAAAUGGCGAAGAGGGCGGAGAUCGAACGAGCGAGCAAAGAAAGAGCCAAGGCGAAGCAACAGAGAGAGGAGCAAGAAAGAACUUCUAGAGCCGUGGCUGGUGUUAAUCAUUUGGAAAUCCCUGCUGAACUUGCCUUCAUUUACAGCAAACUCGAUGAUUGGCAGCCAACGCACACGGAGAGAAAUCUAUUAAAAGUUGUCGGCCAAGUGAUACCUAUGCACCACAAUUACACGUUGCCGAACGACAUCGACCAGCACCAAUUCUCCAAAUUCACCAACAUUUACUUCAAAAGCCACAUCUUCGGCAUGAAACGGGAGCCCAUAAAGACCCCGUUCCUGGCGAAGGCCCGUGAUCAAGAUUACACGGACUCGCUGAUGAUCUUCAAGAUGAUCCUUCGCUUCAUGAACGAGAACAACUUGAGCGGGAAAAGGGAGCAAGCGUUGGGCGAUUACAUAGUGAAUAAAGGGAUCGUGAAUGAAAAGUUGAGGGACGAGAUUCUUUGCCAAUUGGCAAAUCAAACGUGGAAGAACGAGAACGACGCGAACAAGGAGAGGGGUUGGCUGUUGUUAUCGAAUUGUUUAUCAGCUUUUCAACCUAGCUCCACACUGUUCAAGUAUCUUUUGAAAUACGUGUCCGACCACGCGUACGAUGGCUACAAGGCUUAUUGCCAGAGGAAACUUUUGCAAGGGGAAAGGACGAUAUUCAGAAUAAUGAGCAACAAUCAGCAAAUCGUUCAUCACGUGCCGAGGAAUUAUCCCCCGUGCGUGUUGGAGUGGAGAGCGAACAGGAAUCGAGUUAACAUGGCUUUGAGCGUUGGAUUUUACGAUGGCGAAACGGUUACUUGCGCGGUGGAUUCUUGGACAACCUGCGAAGAAUUGGCCAACCUGGCUGUCAACAAUCACGGAGUGGACAAUUCCGGAUGGACAAUCACCCUGUGGAAUCAAUUGGACGGGCCAGACGCGAUCGUCACGGAGACGAACGGUUUCGAUUACGUGUUAGAUUUGAUCUCAGAGAUGGAACUAGCACCGGCGUUCCCCGCUGCCAAACACAUGUUCUUGGAGCAACGGAAGAACAGUUUCCCACCGAUCAAAAAGAGAGAGCACGCGCAUAUAAUUCGUGAGCUGGAACAAGAAAUAGAACCACCGGUUCUGAAAACGUUCCAGCCCCUUGAGCGGAAACCAGUAUCCAAGGUUAUGGAUAAACCCGUCGAACCGGAAAUUCAAUCGCCGAGGAGACCUGCCGUCCCCCCGCCGCAACCACCUGUGACCAAGCCAUCGGUAAGGAAACAAUCUCACGAAGCGAUAUUGGAAAGCACAACAGAGACUGGCCUAUCCCGAAAAUCAGCUUUGAACGACAGAUACUUCGAGAAAGAAAAGCAACGUAGUCGCAGCUUGGACAACUUGUUGCAACCAGAAGUGGUUUCACCUCCGGUGAAACUGGCCAAUCUUGGAUUAUCUUCGUCCAAAUUAAACGAGCGUUAUCACAGUCUGGAAAGGAUUGGCGAGACAUCGGCCGUCAGUAACGUGGAGUACAUGACAAGGAAUGAGAUAAAUCAAGAGAGGAAGUACAGCAGAAUAACAAGGACCACAGAGCCAAACAUCGAAGAGGAAGAUCUGACCAUCGACUUUGAGUACCCUGAUAUCCAAUCGGUUAGCCAAACCGGAAGGUCUGAGGAUGAUAAGAACAGUUACAUCAGAUCACAGACAAGAUUCAUCAAAUCUCAAUAUCCUGGCAAACGAGCAUUGCCAGGCAGCCAAUCGAGUCGUGCCUACAUCGAGAAGAGCGAGUACGGCGUGAAAUCCUCGGCCAUGUCCGACACGAGCGAAGCUCCUUCCCUGGCCUCUCACGUGAGACGGGUCAGGGUGCCUAGUCAAGCUUCAGACGUGGACCAGUUCCUGGACGAAUUGUUCAUGCCGGUUCUGGACGGAAAUUUGGACGAGUUGUCGGACGCGAGGAGCCUGGCGGCUAGCAUCAAGGGUACGAAGGAUGACAGGUCCCAGAGCGGUGCCAUAAUCAUCGAGAAGAGAUUCGACGAUUCCGUGGAAGAAUUCAUCGAAAGUGUGACGAGGGGGGAGAGAAGAGGAGAGGGAAUCACAGCUAGUGAAUUGUCCAAGAAGAUCAAAGGGGGUGGAAACAUGGACAUACCUAAUCAGAACGCGACGUUCAACUUUGGUGCCAUCACGCCGGGGAUGAUGUCGCCCCCCAUGAUGAUGCCAAUGUUCAGCACGCCGCAACAAGUGCCGGCUGCUCAAAGCACGAGCAUGAACAUGGGGCCUGGCUUCAUGCCCAUACCGAUCUACAGUAUGCAAGGGCUGAGUCUUCCUCAGUACCCCAAUUCACCCCCUAACCAGAGCAACGACAUGAUGGCUUACCAGCAGAACUUGCAACGAGCCUUCCUGCAGAGUGCCAUGGCCCAGAAUAUACAGAUUCAACAGCAACUGCUUGCCCAGAAUCAGGCUCUUCAACAACUGCUCGUGCAGAGCCCCCAAAACUCGUCGCAACAACCGGGCACGGCGUUGUCCGCAGGCCCCUCCAGUAUGAAUCUUGUCCCCCCAGCCCCCCAAAACGGUGCCCAAAUGGGGCCCAAUGAUUCCAUUGGACGCUACUCCAAGGUUUCCUUCAGGGAACCGGAGGACGGUGAACUUUGGUCGACCGAGAAGCAGGGUGCGCCCGCGUCUUCGACCAAUAAUCAGCGACAGGAGAUGACGGUGAAGGCUCAGAUUCAUCGGUCUCAAAGCCCGCCUCGAAAGAAUUCCGAAAUCGUUAGGAAGACCAGCGUGGAAUACGCGGUGAGGAAGGUCAGCGUCGAGAGAAAAGUGGCCGACUCGAAGAAAUCAUCGAGCUCGGCGGACGCAAAAAGGCCUUGCCCUUCGAGCAAGAGCAACGUGCAAAGUAACUUCACCAACGUGUUGAGCGAAUUGAAGAAUCGUAAGAGCAGUUUGGACAGCAAUCUGUCGAAUUCGAGCAACAACAAGGGUGUGCCACCCCCGCCACCCAUGCCACCACCUUUGGAGUCUCACGACCCGUCCGAAUCGAGGCCUUUCCUCGAUCCUUACGGCAGAGCAAAGACAGUUCGAAUUGGCAAAUGGAGAUGGCCUCCGCCUAGCGACUCGAACGAGAAUCAAAGCCAGGACAGUUUCAUAGAGUUCAAAAUGCGGCAACAGCAGCAGCAACGAAAAAUUACACCCCAAUAUCAAGAAUACAAUCAGGGCGAGGGGGAGCCGAGCACAGAGGGUGGCGUCGAGUGGGAGGAAUUCGAAAUUGAGAAUAUCGUCGAGACGAACGAGAAGCAGGCAGCGGUUGGCCAUGCUCCACCUCCGGUCGCCAAACACGAAAAUGGAUACAAAGAGGAGGGGGAGAAGAAAAAGAAAAAGUCCAAAUCCGCGUUGGAGGUAGGUGCACAGAGGCCAUCCCCGGGAAGCAUAGGAAAACUGAAGCUUAGCUCGGAGAUGAGGCAGAGAUUGGAAAAAGUGACGGCGAAUCACAGCGUGAGAUCAACGAAGACAACCGAGAAACCUGCUCUUCCUCGCGAGGACGGUAAAGUGAAACGUUUGGAGGACAAUAGAAAGCUUCUUCUCGAACAGCAAUUAGGGGGAAGAUGGGACGAUUACGCGUCAACGGCCGAUGACACGCAAAGCGUGACUUCAAAAGGCACGACCGACAUGAUGACUCAGGCGCAAGUAGUCAGGACUCAGAUCGAGAGAAUGGAGAGGCCUGUGCCACCUCCGCUUCCGGUCACACCUCCGCAACCCCCCAGUCCUCGUGGUGGAAGCAUGUACAGCAAUAGUCAAUCCGGAGUACCGCAACCCAGGUCGCCUCCAGCCCCGGUCGAGCCAAAGGCUCGAGAUUCAUUCCGAACAUCCCCGGAUUCGGAGGCGUUCGACCAUUUUUCCAAGACCCAGCGCGACAUGUUCAGCCAGAGCAGAGACAUAUUCGCGUCCCAGCAGCAUCUGAGGGAGAGCCACGAGUACAGAAACGACUUCGACAAGUCACGAUUGUCCGAUCCAAAGUCGAAAGACUUCUAUGGGAAGGACAGCACGGACAUGGCAAGUUCCGCAAGGGACAGAAGUUCCGACUUCGACUCCCGCCGCGACCUGAAUUCGGACAUCUUCGACCCGAAAUACGCGAGAAACAUAUUCGAGAACACGAAGAGAGAUCCCUUUGGAAUGGCCAGGGACGUGUCGCCAAAGUCGAGGGACAGCUUCGGCAUGCCCUCGUCCAGAGACUUUGGCCUGAUGCCGAACACGAGGGAAUCGUUCGCAGCCGCUCGUCAAAGUUUCAAGAAAUUGGAUCGUGAUCUAGACAGGAGAUCGAGCGUCGCGUCCACCCAUCGUACCGACAAAAUGGAGAGGAUCGAGAUCGAGGAAUGGCCCGAGUUCCUCAGGCCAGUGCUGCCACCUGCCGAGAAGCCGGAAAUAGAGAAGGUCCAAGAGGUGGUGAACACGAAGCUCUAUCCCCAAACGUCCACGGCUCAUUUCACGUACAACAGGGUCACGUGGACGUUGAGGGUGAAGAAGGAAGUGUUCGCCCCCAACGAGACGUUGAACAGCCCCCUGGCCCUUCAUCUCGUGUUUUGCCAAGUCGCUUACGACGUGCUUGCCACGUCCAGUAUCCGGAUCACGAAGGAGGACAGGCAGAAUAUGCUCAAGAUGUUGGACAAUUAUGGCGUCACUCUGGACAAUCUGCAGAGUACCCAGCACAAGAUCACGAUUAAGAAGAACGUGGUUGACAUGGCCAAACAAUGGCCUCUGUAUUUCGCCAGGAUAUUCCCAGUGUCGAUCGGCCCUCAGCAUCCAGAAACCCAACACGUGGCGAUCUCUCAUCACGGUCUCAGACUCAUCAAACGUACACCGAACGGCGAUUUGGUCAUUUUGGAAACUUUGCCUUUGGAGGAAAUCGUCUCGGUCAGUUCUCCACGGAUCGGUGUCUGUGUAAUGCAAAUUGCGUCAGGAGUCAGGCUACCCCUGCACACGAACAGAGCUCCACAAUUGACCGAGAUGAUAAGCAGUUACAUCAGAAUGGUCGAUCAGAAGCCGCUGCACAAGCCGAACCACCAUGAGAACCACGUAUCACAGAUCACGAAAUCGAUCCAGUCGCAGGCGAAUCACAGCACAUCGAAUCACGUACAAUCCCAUGGUCAGCCUAAUCACGUUAUCUCGAACCAUGAAAACCACGUGCCCGCCGGUCGUGUGCCGAACCACGUGUCGGCAACGAACCAGACGAAUCACCAGAAAAACCAGCAGAACCAGCGGCUCAGCCCGAAUCAGGAAUGGCGGCAACCGGAAGACAACGGCAGAUUGCAAGAAGAUGGCAUCUACGAGAGUGGGCCGGUCGUCAACGACGGAAAACACUCUUUGUUGCAGUACGCCAUGCUGAACUUUAGACAGAGUACCGAGAAGUUUGAAAUGCUGAAGACAGCAGAUGGAUCAAUAAGUGGAUCUCUUAAAGUGAUAGAGUCCUUGAAAAAUAAGAAGAAGAAUAAGAAAAAUAAAGGCCAACAGGAUGGUGCGGAAUGGACUUGGAAAGAACAGGUGGAUCUUGUGAAAUAUUCUCCUGUGCCAAUAGAGCAAAGUCUUUUGAAGCUUGAUACAGAUUUAAGUGCUCUGGCAGUAGAAUGUUUUUUGUGUCUGAUGAGAUACAUGGGUGAUCAACCAUUACCUCCAGAUACCAGUGAAGUAAAAUGCGUUUAUACCAUUCUUAUGCAUUGUCACAAAUAUGAACUACUACGCGAUGAAGUUUAUUGUCAAUUAAUGAAACAAACUACAAAUAAUAAAAGUCCAAAUCCAGAUAGUUGUCAACGUGGUUGGAGAAUCUUCAGUAUUGUUGCUGCCUAUUUCACUUGUAGUGAUGGUCUAAGGCCUUAUCUUACCAAAUAUCUGGAAACAGCAGCUUAUGACAAAAGAAGAGCUUAUCAUGGAACAGCCACAGUGUGUUUACAGAAUCUCAGGAAAACAGUUAAAUAUGGAGGAAGGAAAAACGUGCCAAGCGUGGAUGAAAUUAUGGCAAUUAGUGCAGGCAGAAAUGCAAAGAGACAGAUUUAUAGAUUACCAGGAGGAACAGAAAGAGUUAUCAACACUAAAUGUACAACUGUUGUGCAGGAUGUUAUUGAAGAAAUGUGCAACAUAAUAUCUGUAAGAAAUCCUCAUGAAAUGGAUGAAUUCUCAUUAUAUUGUAUUGUCGAUGGUGAUGCAUUUACUAUGCCUUUAGCCAGGGAUGAAUAUGUACUGGAUGUAACUACAGAAUUACAUAAAAAUCAUCAGGUCUUUUACCUAAUAUUCUGCAGAUCUGUAUGGUAUUAUCCUCUCAGACUGGAUGCUCCACUGUAUAUAGAAGUUGUAUUCAAUCAGAUUGCUCCAGAUUAUUUGGAAGGUCUUUUAUUAGUUCUACCUGGUGAACAUUUACCUCAAGAAGUCAUAUAUGAUAUGGCACAAAUAGCAGCUCUAUUGCAUAGGGCAGCAGAUAUGAAUCAUGAACCUACAACAAAAGAAAUUAAAUAUUUAUUACCAAAACCAGUGCUUAGUUUAAGAGAACCACGACCACAACAAUGGUCAAACAUGGUCCAACAAGCAUGGAAUAAUGUGCAACAUAAUACAGUAGCUGCUUGUAAAGCACAAGUGCUUGAAAUUUUGUGGAAAUGGCCAUUGUUUGGAUCUAGUUUCUUUGCUGUGAAAAGAGUGCCUGAAGGAAAAGAAAAGGGAGGUGAUCAUAUUUUGGCACUCAAUAGGCAUGGAGUGCAUUUUAUUGAUUUAAUCACACAUGAAACUCUCUAUCAUUACCCCUAUUCUGAAGUAAUUUCUACAAGAAAAGUAAAAUCUGAAGAAGGAACCCUUUAUCUUGAUAUGAAAUGCGGUAAUUUGAUGCAACAACGGAUUACAAGAUUGCAGACUGAACAAGCUCAUGAAAUUUCACGAUUAAUUAGACAAUAUAUCACCAUGGAACAAAGAGCCACUAAUGCUCAAGGUACUAGCAUUGGAUUUGGCAUGAGAUAAAAUAUUCGAUUUGCAUUCUGCACUUAUAGCAAUGUGGAUUCAAAUUUUAGAAAUUUUAUAUUUUUUCUCGUACUUAAUCAAAUGAAAAAUACUGUAAAUACGUAUUUAAGAGAAAUAAUUACACAAAAAAAGGAGAACAAAAAAGAAAAAAGAGUUUCUCGAUAAAAAGUUUUUUAAUAUCUAUAAUAAAUUUUUAUUUUUUAUCAAUAUUCAUAAGUAUUUUUGAAAAUAACAUUGUAGAAGGAGAAAGAAUAAGAAUAUUCGAAAAUUUGAAAGAAUUAUCAAUAAAAUUACAUUUAUCUUUUUGUUAUUUAUUUAUUCAUGACAUAAAAGAUCUGAUAAAGAUUUCUUAAGAGAAAAUUCAAACUAAUGAAGAAAAGUUUGAGAGUUUUUCGACUUGUAAAUAUGUUUAGUUAGAGAUGAAAAGAAUUCAAGGGAAUUACAAUACAUCUGAUAAUACUAUUAUAGAUAGAAUCAUUCUAACUAUCUAUUAAAUUGUGACAAGAUAUUUUGCGUAUUUUUUCUCUCGUUUUAAGAAAUACUUUUCCAUAGAAGACGAGUACACCAAAACGUAACAAAUUUAAAGAAUUAAGUCACAAGCUUAUACCUCGAUGCGAAAGGGAAGUAGAUCAAGAAUUUUACAUGGAAUUAAACGUACUAUACAUAUAUCAAUUUAAUAACAUUCCAAUCUUCAAUUUAUCGUUUCAUAAAAUAAUAAAAGAUAAUCUAGUUACACCAGUCUUAAGAAUGAGAAUGUCUGAUAAUCCUCUUCAUUAAGUUUAAACAAUUUUAUAUGUAAUGUUUAAUACGUGGAAGAAGAGGAACGAAUGCUCAAGUAUCUAAGCAAUAAUUCUCAACUCUGUAAAUACGCGUUUAGAAACGUUUAGAGAAUGAGAGGAUUACGUGAAAAAGCUGAAAGAGAGGACGACUGUUUUGUAGAAUGAGAAAUAGCUUUGUGGCUUUUUUUUAAAUAAAAUUCGAUGACAGAACACGUCGAAACUCUCUGCGUUUUCCGAUUGAUUUCUUUUUCUUUCAAUUCCAAUAAAGACAAAUUUCUUCUCGUUUAUUUAAUAAUCGAAGAAAUUAUCGAUCACGUAAAUUAAAUAAUAUAAGAAAAACGACUAACAUAAAUAACUUGAUAUUGGAUAAAAUCGAUUUAUUUAUAUAUAAAAAUAUGUAAGAAAAAGAAACGAUACGGUACACACACGUAGAAAAAAAUGAUUAAAUGUAAAUCCAAUUAAACGCUAAUAUCUUUAACGAAUAAGUUCUGAUGGAGACUAACAAAUUGCGGUUACAUGUUUAUCACAAGGAGACAUUAUUAUUAAUAAUUGUACGUAAUGCGUAUCGAUGUGAAAGGAGGUAUUAAAACUUUAUAUAUUAAAAGAUUCUACUUAUACAAAAAUAA